AUGGGAACCACUUUCACCACGGGCCAACUGAAGACGCUUGAAGGCGCAUUUCAACAAGCGCCUUACCCGGACAUCAUUGUCAGAGAGGCUCUUGCACGGCAACUUAUGCUGGACGAAACGAGGGUGCAGAUUUGGUUCCAAACCGACGGGCAAAGUGGCGGGAAAGGGGCAACCGUCAAACAGGAGAUUUCACUAGAUGGUAAGCCAUAUACCCUGGAGGAGUACAGUACAGUCUGGACCCACCUCAGUAAGCCAUAUUACACUGGAGGAGUACAGUCUGGACCACUUCAGAACCUGUUUAUACAAUCUACUGACCCCAACAUGCUGUCCCAGACGGUGGGGGAGUGGUACCAGAGCCUUCAGGAAGCCAUAUACCCUGGAGGAGUACAGUCUGGACCACUUCAGGUAAGCCUUAUACCCUUGAGGAGUACAGUCUGGACCACUUCAGGUAAGCCAUAUACCCUGGAGGAGCACAGUAUGGACCACUUCUCAGGUAGAGCAUAUACCCUGGAGGAGCACAGUCUUGACCAGCUUCCGAAGCUAUAUACCCUGGAGGAGCACAGUCUUGACCACUUCAGACCGCCCCCUAAGCGGACCCUUACAAAGACCCUAUCGACGGCCCGCAAGCGCAACCCGGACCAGCUGUGGCGCUACUCCAAGGACCCCCUAAAACAGCCCUUGCUCAAGAAGCUGAUUGGUCGAGAGGAAGUCAGCCAGGAGGCCUGCCUGUGCUUCCUAGAUAUCCUUUCAUACAUGGGAGACCAUCCCUUCCAACGUGCUGCUGGACGAAUAGCCAACGAGCUGACAGACCAGAUAUUUGAACCACCACUUAGAACCGAACUGCUUAGAGAUGAAAUCUUCUGUCAGAUCAUCAAGCAGCUUACUGACAACAGGAACAGGUUAAGUGAGGAGCGCGGCUGGGAGUUGAUGUGGCUGGUUGACAGGAUGUUUUCGCUCCCUCCACCAACCUCCUCAAGGAGGGUCAUGCACUUCCUGGGCUCAAGACGGAACCAGAUCGCUCAUGACUGCGUACAGCGUCUACAGAAAACACUCAGGAAUGGUACACGAAAGUAUCCGCCACACCAGGUUGAAGUAGAGGCUAUUCAGCACAAGACAACACAGAUCCUGCACAAAGUCUACUUUCCUGAUGAUUCAGAUGAGGCCUUUGAGGUGGAGUCCAGUACACGUGCUAAGGACUUCUGUUUGAAUAUCGCAAACAAGCUUGGGUUGAAAUCACAUGAAGGCUUCAGCCUCUUUGUGAAAAUUUCUGACAAAGUGAUCAGCGUCCCGGAGGGAGAUUUCUUCUUUGACUUUGUGCGUCACCUGAUUGACUGGAUCAGGAAAGCCAGGGCUACCAGGGAUGGCCCCACUCCCCAGUUCACAUACCAAGUGUUCUUCAUGAAGAAGCUGUGGACCAACCUGAUCCCCGGCAAGGACAUGAACGCCGACCUGAUCUUCCACUACCACCAGGAGCUGCCUAAGCUUCUCCGUGGCUACCACAAGUGCAGUCGUGAAGAGGCAGUGCGGUUGGCCGCCCUGAUUUACCGCGUGAAGUUCGGCGAGGACAAAACUGGCCUCGUGAAUCUAGUGAAGAUGUUGAGAGAGUUGAUUCCCGCAGAUCUUACCAAGGCUCAGUCACCUGACGACUGGAAGAGGGGCAUAUUAAGCCAGUACAACGCUGAUGCAGGCAUGACUCAAGACAACGCCAAAAUUGAAUUCCUUAAAGUGAUCUACUUGUGGCCAACAUUUGGCUCGGCCUUCUUUGAAGUGAAGCAAACGACAGAUUCCAGUUACCCAGAAAUCCUCCUGAUCGCCAUCAACAAGAACGGGGUCAACUUGAUCCACCCCCAGACAAAGGACAUAUUGGCCACUCAUCCAUUCACAAAGAUCUCCAACUGGAGCAGUGGUAACACGUAUUUCCACAUGACCAUCGGUAACCUGCUCCGUGGCAGCAAACUGCUCUGUGAAACAUCCCUGGGAUACAAAAUGGACGAUCUACUGACCUCGUACAUUAGCCUGAUGUUGACAAACAUGAACAAGCCCCCAGGGGGUCGACGAUAGGACCCGCCCACAGUCCUGUGAACAAGCCGGGAGCCGGUCGACAAUAGAACCCGCCCACAGUCCAGGCUGGUUCAGGGCAGGUGUUAUACUGAAUUGUGUUAAAGGGAUGACAUAGGACUUUGCUUCUUUACAGAACAUUUGUAUAAAUAUGUUGACAUAGGACAUUUCUAGGUUUUGAUUAAAACUGAAUGGUAUGAAUAUGGUUAGAUAGUACUAACUUCAGAAGAAAUAGAGCUUUUUGAUUAUUUGAAGAUUGUUACUUUUGUUGGCUAUGUGUGACAUGCAUAAUUCAUAAUUUGAUUUUCACCUUAUUCAACAUGCAGAGCUUGGUCUUACUGGCUUUCAUGAUUGUAUUUUCAAUAAAGGGUUAAAUGUCAAGGAUAAGGAAAUAGUAAAACACAGUUUAUAUUCAGAUCCAUAAAUAUGCUCAUAAGCAAUUGCAUAGUUCAUAAAAAUCGAACUCCUAAAUAUCUUACAUGUUAUAUUUGUUAUUAUUUCUGCAUAAUGUCUUGAAAAAUACUUGGUAAAUGUUGAGUGAUGGUUUAUAAAUUGUUUUACAUUCUUUGAUAAAAUUAUAGACCAUUACAUGCAUAGACACUAUUGUAAAGUAUUUAAUCUUUAUUGUUACAUUUUUAGGUUGUCAAAUGUUUUCAUCUUGUCGUUAAUUAUAAAAUAAGUGGUUGUGAAAUUAUAUACAUGCAAUUGCAUACUGUUAACUUUACAUUGUUGAAAUAUUUACCUUGAACUAUAAAGUAUAGUAAUGUGUGCAUGUUCACGUUCUUAAAAGGUUACAAUAUACAUUGGUAUACAGUAAUAUACAGAUACAAUAUUGGUAUACAAUAAUAUACAGAUACAUUAUUGAAAAACUAAAUAUUUAUAAGGGCAAUGUACAGAUUCUUUUAUAAUGAUUCUUGUGUCUCAUUUACACCUUUGACUCUAAAAUGUUUGUCUCACAAAAUGUGGAGUUCAAAGUUUGAUUGAGCCCUGUUUAAUCUUUGUCUCAGUUGUUGAAAUGCAACAUGUACAAUAAGCGCAUAAUGCCUGCUGAAAUAUUAAUAUUUUUUCUCUUAUUGUUGUUAAAAUUUGUACAUAGAAACACUGUUUUUAAUAAAUAAAUAAUGCUACAAUAAGAUUUGCCCUGACUAGAUACUAUUGUUGUUUAUCUUGCAUAAUAUAUUGUGUAGCCAAUGCUGUUUUAACACAAAACCCAUAUAUAAUUAACACUUGUGGCAUCAGAUAAUGUCAUAUGACACUAUAUUAACAAUAUAUAUUAACAAAGUCGAUCAUAGAAAAGUAUGUAUAAAUAUUAUAUCUACUUAAAUUAAUAUUGUUGUUCAAAACAACACUUAUUCUACAUACUUUUUAAUACACAUUGUCUUAAUUAUUUAAGUGCAUACGUUUUAGGACGCCUAAAUAUGUGUAACUUUUUUGGAAAAUAUGAGGUUUAUAUUGAAGGAGUUCCAUAAUAAAUAUAUAUAUAUAUAAUGUAUGUUUAAGUAUUUAUAUUUGAAAUAUUUUGCUACCAUUCCAUUUAACCUUGACCAGUGAAUUGCUGCAAAUUACUUUAUAAUUCCAUUUUUUUCUGAAAGAUUUAUGUUAUUUGAUGUUGUUGUUAACAAUCAUUUUACUUAUCGUGUCAAUUCCUAGCGGCUCAAACAUGUUAUUUCUACUUAUAUUUAUUUUUAACACAACCAAAAGCUCAUUGCAAAAAGUCCCAAACAAAGAACUGAACAUACAUUCCAUUUGUAUAUGUGCAUGGCAUGUGAUUGAACUUUUAUUAUAAUGUGCUAAAAUGAAAAUUCCAUUUAAAACAUUGACAUUCUUUGAUUUGUAAACAUGAUAGGACUUUUGAUAUGUAAUUUUAUGAUAUACGAACAUUGUUCAUGCACGAUGAUAAUAUUUCAUAUUAUGUGUAAUACAUUUGUUCAUGCCAAAAAUGUAACAUGAUUAUGUGACAUUUAAUAUUUGUAUAUGAUUCUUUUUUGCUGAACUAGAUUUGUUCAUUUACUUAAAAAAUAAUGCAUAAUUUCUUUAAUUGUGUUAUGUAAGUGUAUUCACAUACAUGUUUGUGUUUGCAAAUGUAAAAGUAAAAUUUGUUCCUAUGCAGAAGAGAGAAAUAAUUUUUAAUAUAUGUAGAUAAUAUAAAAAAUUAGUUUAUCAAAUUUUAUUAAUAAUCCGUUGCUUGAUUGAAAGCGAUAUUUUUUGGAGCAAAACUCAUAACAGUAGAACGGAGGAACCUGUGAGUGUUGUUUUGGAAAAAAGCCAUUUAAAGAAAGCAUCAUUGUAUUUACAAGUACGCUUUAACUCUUUCAGUGCUGGAACCGAAUUUUGAAGGCCUUUGCAAACAGUUUGGAUCCAGAUGAGACGCCACAGAACGUGGUGUCUCAUCAGGAUCCAAACUGUUUGCUAUUCUUAUAGUAUUCUUUGGAAAAAAUUGAAGAAAAUGCUAAUUUAAGAAAUUCAGCAGACAACAUUUUGGCAGAGGACAAAUUUCCCAGCAUGCAAGGGGUUAAAAAAGAUCCAGUACAUAAUUGUUCACCAAUUCAGCUUCUUAUGGUACCGGGCCACGUCUUUUUUGUUUAUAAUAUUAAUUGUAUAUUUAUGUGUUGGGUUUUGUUUUCACUGAAGAUUGUAUGUCUCAAUGUAUUGAAACAUAUUUUCAUCAUUAUUUUAGUGUUGGAAGUUGCAUGUAUAUAUACUUAUUAAUCACACCAUUGGCAUAUUUAUUUAGAUACUUUAAAGCCAACGUUGGCUAUGUUGUUGUUUGUUCUUUCAUUGCUUAGUUAUUUUGACUUGAGUUAAGAGUUUAUAUGGAUUGUUUUGUACCAUUUUUUGUGUAUGCUAGUUGAUGAACUAUGAGUGAAUUUUUGCACACUUUUGUACAAGUUACUGUACACAUUUACUGAAGUUAGAAAGAACGAUAUCUUCUAAGUAAUAAAAUUGUGUACUUUUAGUCAUACAUGACAAAACAUGAAAAAAGACAUAUUUGAUUUCUGCAUAACUGACUGUUCAAUAAUAUUUAAUUGACAAUGUGUUAAGGUCCACAGAAAACCUGGAUGUCGCAGUUUAAACAGUUUUGUUAUAAGAUCCCUUAUUUUGUUACUUCACACUGGUAUAUGUACUGUAUAUGCUAGAACGUUUGGGUCCGUCAUACUGUGAAAUCAUUCCAAGCUGUAAUAGAGAAAUUGUUCAUUUCCCGUUGUCAGUAUUUGGACAUUCCAAUGUGGACAUUGUACCUUAUCUUUGUAAACUUAUUUGUUUGUAGAGAUGUGAAUGAUUUUUGCAUAUAUACAUAUAAUUGUGUUGUUUAUAUACAAGGCAAUAAACUAUACCUUCUGGAA